GGAUAAAGAUGAAGCAAUCUUUAAAUAUUCGUAACACUGCUCUAGUUUCGCCGGCUGUUAUAGGAGGUAAAUAGAGCUCCAGUCUGACCCACACGUGAAUAUUCCUGUUGCAACAUGAUCAUGACUCCGUGUGGUGUACGACCAAUUUAGGGAGUGAGUCAUGGUUCAGCUGCACGUCAAACGUGGAGAUGAGAGUCAAUUUCUCUUCAAUACCACAGUGGAUGUGACUAUUGAGACACUGUCCCAGCAGGUCACUGCGGUCUAUAACGGAAGAUUAAAGGUGGACAGGAUCUGCUCGGAAAUUCCCGAGUUGGCAGAUCACGGAAUCGCUCUUCCACCGAACAUGCAAGGCCUGACUUGUGAUCAGAUAAUUGAGCUGAAACUAAAGGAUGAAUGGGAGGACCGCUGCAUUCCCAGUGGUGGUGCUGAGUUUAAGAAAGACGAGAUUGGACGCCGAAAUGGACAUGCUCCAAACGAAAAGAUGAAAGAAGUUUUAAGGAAAACAAUGGAGGAGGCCAAAGCUUUGAUCUCAACAAAACAAGUGCAAGCAAAUGUCUGCAUUACCAUGGAUACGGUCAAAGAGGCUUUGGACCAACUGCGAGGAGCUGUGAUGAUAGUGUACCCAAUGGGACUGCCUCCACAUGAUCCAAUAAGGAUGGAUUUUGAAAAUCAAGAGGAUCUUACUGGAACACAGGCCUCAUUACAGGUGAUCCCUGAGGAAGAGGCUCAACUGUGGUGGGCGUCUAAAGAACUUCAGAGGGGCAAAAAGCUGCAAGAUUAUAUUGGGAAAAAUGAGAAAACAAAAAUUGUUGUGAAAAUUCAAAAAAGAGGCCAGGGGGCACCAGCGCGAGAGCCACUGGUCAGCCAAGAGGAACAAAAACAGAUGAUGAUGCACUAUUACAGGAGACAGGAAGAACUCAAAAAACUGGAAGAAGCAGAUGACACGUACCUACAGUCUGAUUGGUCAGACAGACAGGCUCUAAAGAGACAGUUUCAGGGACUCACAAAUAUCAAAUGGGGCCCAAGAUAGAUGGACAGAGAAAAUUAAA